GUUUUUGUUCAUAGUAAUCACUGCAUAAUAUUUUUGUUUUUUCUUUUGUGAAUUUGACACACAAAACCAGAAUACAAAGAGGCCGUACCACCAGGACCCGCACCUAUCGCUGCCAAUGCAGCUCCUUGACGAGGAGCCAUCCGAAAGCCUGAAUCAGAGUCCCGAGCGCAUUUUUCGCACCACUUCCACUUUCAGCAAUGUCCGGCGGCGUGGGUCAGUCGAUGACAAGAGCUCGCAUCCCCGGCGCUUCCUUAUCGACAUUGACGUUAUUGAGAAAGCCCUUCUUGCGCAGGAGGACUCAAACGGCGACUACCAGAUCACAAUCGAGGACUCUGGGCCCAAAGUGCUUAAGGUGCCGACGGCCGGCAGCGGCGGCUUCCGCACAUUUGAGGUGCGUGGCACGUAUAUGCUGUCCAACCUGCUGCAGGAGAUGGCACUGGCCCGCGACUGCGGCAUGAACCAGGUGGUCAUUGAUGAGGAGCGGCUGAACGAGAACCCCGUCAACCGGCUGUCGCGCAUGAUCCGUACAUCGUUUUGGAACGGUUUGGUGCGCUGCAUGGACGAGUCUGGUAUUCAGGCUAUCUGCCUGGACCCAAAGAACACCAAGCCCGGAGCCAGCCCCAUCAUUUACGUGCCAUACAAUGACCAGCCAGCGUUCGAGUACUACACGGGCAUUGCGCGCGAUCUGAGCAACCUCAAGAUCAAGGUUGUCAAGCUGCCCAAGGACAUCACCCCGCGCUACGUCAAGUCGAUCAACAACGAGUUUGGCAUUCUAUCUCUGGCCGCCGAUGUCUCGUACGAUGCCAACGGUCGCUUGGUCUACCGACCGCUGCCGUUUGUCGUUCCCGGCGGGCGCUUCAACGAGCAGUACGGAUGGGACAGCUACUUUGAGGCUUUGGGCCUGCUUAAUGACGGCCGCUACCAGCUGUCCAAGAACAUGGUUGACAACUUUGCCUACGAAAUCAAGCACUACGGCAAGAUCCUCAACGCUAACCGCUCGUACUACCUGACACGCUCGCAACCGCCCUUCCUCACAGACAUGAUUCUCAAGGUCUUCGAGGCGUUGCCAGCAUCAACAUCUGAUGAAAAGGCAAGCAACCACGAGUGGUUGAAGCGCUCAUUCGAUGCGGCCAUCACCGAGUACCUGACUGUGUGGAUGGAAGCCCCGCGAUUUGACCAAAAGACUGGGCUCAGCUGCUACCACCCAACGGGCAUCGGCAUGCCACCAGAGACCGAGAGCACGCAUUUUGACCACACAAUGAAGCCGUACGCCGAGCGGCUGGGCAUCAGCAUCGAGGAGUACAAGACUUUGUACGCCAGCGACCAAAUCAGCGAGCCCGAGCUCGAUGCGUACUUUGUACACGACCGUGCAGUGCGCGAGUCCGGCCACGACACAUCAUACCGGCUGGAGCGGCGCUGCGCCAACCUGGCGACGGCCGACCUCAACUGCCUCCUGUACAAGUACGAGGUGGACAUUGCCGACACGCUGGACGAGCACUUUGACGGGCAAUUUUCGUGGUCUGGUGGACGUGACACUACGGCAGCCGAGUGGCGCGUGCGCGCUGAGCAGCGGCGGCAGAACAUUGACCGCUACCUGUGGAACGAGCAAAAGGGGCUGUACUUUGACUACGACGUGUUGCUGGGCGAGCAGUCCGUCUACGAGAGCGUGACUGCUCUGUGGGCCCUUUGGGCCGGGUGUGCAACGCCAGCGCAGGCGCGCAAGCUGGUUGAAGUGAGCUGCCGCAAAUUCGAGGUCAUGGGCGGCUUGGUCAGCGGAACCGAGGAGUCGCGCGGCGUCAUCUCGCUGCAGCGCCCUAACCGUCAAUGGGACUUCCCCUUUGGCUGGGCACCGCACCAGAUCAUUGCCUGGUACGGCCUGUACAACUAUGGUUUUGUCGAUGUCGCUCGUCGCUUUGCCUACCGCUGGCUGUUUACCAUCACGCAGGCCUUUGUCGACUUUAACGGCGUUGUGCCCGAAAAGUUUGAUGUAGUCAACAUGACGCACCGCUUCCAGGUCGAGUAUGGCAACGUUGGUGUUGACUUUAAGCACGUGCCCCGCGAGGGAUUCGGCUGGAUGAAUGCGUCGUACCAGGUCGGCCUGACCUACCUGACCUCACACAUGCGCCGCGCCCUGGGCAUGCUGACGCCGCCAGACGUUUUCUUCAAAAAGUCCAACUGGAAGACUGACGGAACUCCGUCGCACACUCCGGCAACCACGCCCGGCCCAGUGCCUGUAUUCAUCCCCGAGAUUGGCACGCCAAAGUAUCGCCUGCAGAGCAACGCGCUAUUUGGCUCUCUGAGGGACUUGAAGAUUGAAGUCAAUGACUCGAUGAUAAAGGACAAUGGGACUGGCGGGAGUGUCUCGUCGGAGGACGACCCAAGCCUUGGUGGGUCGCCCAACCCUUCUGGCUACUUUGAUAGCCACUUCCGUUUGCACAAGAACGCUGCCUUUAGUAAAAAGCGCAACCGCCGCAACCACCGCAGCAAGCGCGCCAAGUGGUAAACAAAAUGAACCUGUUUUUUUAUUGUGUUGAAUAUACAAAUUCGUUAUUUAGUCAAGUGAAGAAAUUUGUGCCAAGCAAUAGCUGCAUUUAUUUCACGCUCUUACCGAUGAGCA